AUGACUUUCGCGCGGCCGGCGAGAUGCCUGUUUUGCAGCUUCUCACGAAUAGUCAACGUUGGCGCUCGCGUGCCACGACGACAGUUCCACGCAGCGCCUAUUUACUUCAACCAGAAGCCCAAACAGCCUGAACCGCCUGUGCCCGUUCCCGAUCCUCAAGAAAACAAGACUCUCGACGAGAUUGAACAAAGCCUCCAACCGUCAGACUUCAAGCCCUAUACUGAGGAAGAAAUGGCCCGUUUGUCGGAAGAGUAUAGCAAGGAGCAAGUCGCCGCAAUCCUGGCGGGUGAAGAAGCCAUUGACCCCAAAGAUUUGGCCGAACAAUUUGGCAUUCGUACGGAUCCUAUGAAAUUGUACUACCUCGAUGACUUCUCCGCAGUUGAGCCUGUUGUCGAUAAACAUAUUCGUGCUCCUGAAUCGAACUCGGACUGGAAUGCCACUCUCAAGACAGAGGAUGACUUCGCCGAGGACUUUGUCAAGUUCUUUGCUGAAAUGCCUGAGAAACCCACCGCAGCUGACUGGAUACGAUUUACUGAGAACCUGCGUUUGACCAAGGGGAAGGAAGAAAAUGAGAGGAAUCCAAGUAGCGCUCUUGUGCCGGAACUGUUUGGACCAGGAGAGUCUCUCAGCAAGGAGCCUAGCUCGAAGGAUGUGGACAAGCAACGUGAUAAGCGCCAGAAGACGGGCAAGUCUGAACCGUUAAUGGAAGAACUCACCGACGCGAUGAAGAGGUUGAUGCAAUCCACCGGAUACUCUUUACAGGAAAUUACCAAUUUCAAGCUGAAGACACUGGUCUCGCACUCGGUUGUGAAUCAGACCCGUCUGGGUAAAGUGCGCCGACAGUAUGUUCUCUCAAUCGCUGGUAACGGUGAUGGGCUUUUGGGUAUUGGUGAGGCCAAGUCCGAGGAAAUCAGCGAUGCAAUUUUGCAGUCUAAAUACCGAGCUAUUCGGAACAUGCAGCCUAUCCUCCGCUACGAGAAUAGGACUAUAUACGGCGAUGUCCAAGGAAAGGUCGGAGCCGUUGAAUUGAAGCUUAUGAACCGUCCUCCAGGUUUUGGCCUCCGAUGCCAACAUCUCAUCUAUGAAAUGGCCCGCGCCGCUGGUAUCCACGAUCUAGCAGCUCGCGUUGAUCGGUCACGCAACCCUAUGAACACCGUGAAAGCGGUGUACGAGGCGUUAAUCUCCCAGAAAGACCCGGAAGACAUUGCUCGGGCUCGCGGCAGGAAGCUUGUGGAUGUACGCAAGGUCUACUACGCAGGCAAAGUAUGA